AUGUGUCUUAUUCCUUUUAGAUUUUCUUAUCGUCAUCCACCUCCUCGGAUAAUUAUUUUACCAAAUGGUCCACAUCUUGGAGGAGCAAUCUCCAUCUGCCUAGCUCGUCUCUUGGCUAUCCGGGGUGCAUGUGUUCUGCUACUGACUCCCUCUGUAUUUAUUCCAAGUCGCUCAGCUGACCUUGCAAACGACAUUGCUGGUAAUGGACUUUCCCCAGCCGAUUCAGAAAUAGCUGCACUUUAUCGUGGUGAACUUGCCUUAGCUCGCUCAUUCGCCCCCAGACCUUGCCACUUUGGCUUAUGCGAUGAAGAAGACGAGGAUGAAGAAGAGCAGGAACAUUCCAUUGAUAAACUUAAUGAAGGGAUCCCUUAUAAUCCUGAUGGAUCUCUAUCUCGAGAUCAGGAGGCAUUCCAAGCUUUGGCUCAAUCACAUCGACACUUGGAACUCACUAGAGUGGGCCGAAUGUGGAUGGGUCGUAUACCUGGUCUACAGAUCAUAUCUAAUCCAACAAGUUAUCUAGGCUAG